AUGACACCCACUGAGGAAGCGCAAUGGAGGAAUCAAACCCUCAUAACUGAAUUCAUCCUGCUGGGGUUCCCCAACCUCCUGCACCUUCAGGGUCUGCUGUUCUGCAUGGUCCUGUUCAUGUACAUGGUGACAGUAAUGGGAAACACCCUCAUCAUCCUUGUCAUCACAGUUGACCCCACUCUCCACUCCCCUAUGUACUUCUUCCUCGGGAACCUGGCCUUCAUCGAGAUCUGUUUCACCUUGGACACGGUGCCCAAGAUGCUGGUGAACCUCCUGGCUGAGGACAAGAGCAUCUCAUUUGCUGGCUGCGCAGUGCAGAUGUACUUCUUUUUCUUUUUUGGCUGUGCAGAGUGCUUCCUUCUAGCAGCCAUGGCAUACGACCGCUACAUAGCCAUCUGCCACCCGUUGCGCUACAACAUCCUCAUGAACCAACGGGUCUGCCGCAAGAUGGUGGGCGGUGCCUGGGUGAUCGGAGUUCCUGUCUCUCUGCUGCAAGCAGCCUGGAUCUUCAACUUGCCCUUCUGUGGCACCAACAAGGUCAAUCAUUUCUUCUGUGAUGCUCCUCCAGUGCUGAAGCUGGUCUGUGCCGACACCUACCUGUAUGAGAUGCAGGCUGUCGCCUCCACGUUCCUGUUCCUCAUGUUCCCCUUCAUGCUGAUCCUGGUCUCCUACAUCUGCAUCCUUACCACCAUCCUGAGGAUGCCAUCAGCUGAAAGCAGGCGCAAGACCUUCUCCACCUGCUCCUCCCACCUCAUCGUGGUAACCUUGUUCUAUGGGAGCGGCAGCCUGGUGUAUCUAAGGCCCAAGUCUAGCUACUCCCCAGAUAUCAAGAAGCUCCUUUCUCUGUUCUACACGAUCCUCACACCCAUGUUGAACCCCAUCAUCUACAGCCUGAGGAACAGUGACGUGAAAGGGGCUCUGAGAAGAAUGAUAGGGUGGAAAUUGUUUUUGCAGAAUUAG